AAUGUAUAGUAUAUGUUGGCGUUUUGCUAGGUUUCAACAUACAACAGUGCAAACUCAUUGGUUUGGUAAAGCAGUCAGCGAUGAACAAUACAAAGAUCCUUUUAAACUUGGAGGGAAAGACCUGAAAAAUCUCUAUGAGGAUAUUAAAAAGGAAUUACGGAUUUCUACUACAGAACUUAAAGAAAUGUGUGAUUAUUACUUUGAUGGUAAAGGGAAAGCCUUUCGACCAAUUAUUGUGGCACUAAUGGCCAGAGCAUGUAAUUUUCAUCAUAACAAUUCUGGAGAAGUGAAGGCAAGCCAGCGCUCCGUAGCAUUAAUUGCAGAAAUGAUCCAUACCGCAACACUAGUUCAUGAUGAUGUAAUUGAUGAUGCUAAUUCAAGAAGAGGAAAAGUUACUGUUAAUCAGAUCUGGGGGGAAAGGAAGGCAAUCUUAGCUGGUGAUUUCAUCCUUUCUACAGCAUCUUUAGUUUUAGCACGUAUUGGGAACACAACUGUCCUUUCUAUAAUAACGCAAGUGAUUGAAGAUCUGGUGCGUGGUGAAUUUCUUCAGCUGGGUUCCAAAGAAAAUGAAAAUGAGAGAUUUUCUCACUACCUCGAAAAAACUUUUAAGAAGACUGCAAGUCUUAUAGCACACAGCUGUAAAGCAGUUUCUGUACUAAGCUGCCCUGAUCCCAAAGUUCAUGAAAUUGCAUAUCUGUAUGGAAAAAACCUUGGGAUAGCAUUUCAGCUAGUAGAUGAUGUGCUGGAUUUUACAUCAUGUUCUGAACAGCUAGGAAAGCCUGCAUCAGCGGAUCUUAAACUUGGAAUAGCCACUGGACCUGUCUUAUUUGCUUGCCAGCAGUUCCCAGAAAUUAAUGCCAUGAUAAUGAGGCGAUUCACUUAUCCAGGCGAUAUCCAACGUGCCCAGGAAUUUGUAUUGCAGAGCGGUGGCAUACAGCAAACAACCUACCUCGCCCAGCGUUAUUGUCAUGAAGCAGUGAAGGAGAUUAGCAAGCUUAGACCAUCUCCAGAAAGAGAUGCCCUUAUGCACCUGGCAGAAAUUGUCUUGUCUCGAAACAAAUGAUCCUCUUCUUCCUCCUGGUGAUUCUGGCAGCUAUUUUACCAGACUGUGCCUAAACUGUUUCAGAACAUCUUGGCUUGCUUCUGGUGGAGUUCUCGUUUUUUUAAAAAAAGUUCUAGUUAAGUAACUAGGCUUAUGAAAUGCUUUUAUUGAAGCCUUAUGCAACACUGAAACACAAUCAAUCUGUUAAAUUGGUAGCAACACGUGGUACCUAUGUUUUUAAUGAAGAGGUUUCUUGUUUUAUGUGGGCAUUUGUUUACACAAAUGCCCACAUAAGCCUUAUGCAACACUGAAACACAAUCAAUCUGUUAAAUUGGUAGCAACACGUGGUACCUAUGUUUUUAAUGAAGAGGUUUCUUGUUUUAUGUGGGCAUUUGUUUAC